AUGGAUGAAGCUGUGUCGCGCAAAAAGCUGGGACUUCUCGAAGCUGCAUCUCAAUCAAAAAAGAAGACCAGUAUAUCAACCCCCAGCAAGAAUUCUCAAGCAUCCAGUUCAUCCAAUGUCACUGUAGCAGGUCCAUCAAGACCAAAACUUCAAAUAAUUGCAAGAGACAAAGACACCUCAAGUAUUGAGGAAAAGCAACCGUCUCGAGUAAACAGUCAAUUAUCAAAAGAGACUAGCACUACGUCUGAUUCUGGGUAUAUUUCUGGUGCUGAGAGAUAUCAUUCAGAGUCGAUUUCAAGCCUUCCUCGUCAGGGAUAUAGCAAAUUGCCCCUCCUUUCUAGGUUUAUUAAGAUGCUUAAGAAGAGACAACAUAAGGGCAAAUCUGUAGUUGCGGAGCCUGUCAGAGAAUGUGUCUCAUGUUUGGAUGAUUUUCCAGUGAACGACAUGGUUCAUGUGCAGUGUCACGACUAUUGCAAAGAUUGUUUCGAAAGACUAGUCAUUACUGCCAUGGAAACAGAGCCGAUGUGGCCGGUUAAGUGCUGUCUCAACGAUAUACUACAUAAGACCAUUGUAAAAAAUAUCAAACCAAACCUGGCAAAAGAAUUUCAACUGAAGGUUUACGAGCGGGAGAUCGCUGCAGGAGACCGGAUCUAUUGUAUUAAGCCAAGAUGUGAAAGGUGGAUUCACAACAAUUGGAUCGACAAAGGUCGCAAAUGCGCAUCUUGUCCUGCUUGCGAAACAAAGGUGUGUAUCACUUGCAGAGGUUCAUGGCAUGCAAAUAUGGAGUGUCCUCAGGACAAAGAUCUUCAAGCUACAGUCAAUUUAGCAGAUGAUAGAGGGUGGAAGCAAUGUUAUAAUUGCAAGGUUUUCAUCGAACUUAACAAAGGCUGUAGGCAUAUAAAAUGCCAUUGUAAAGCCGAAUGGUGUUACGUGUGUUCUGCCCAAUGGAAGACCUGUGGAUGUACAGAACUCGAACUUACCAAGUUAAUGCAAAACUUGCAACUAAGACAAGAAGCUGCUGCUCUAGAAACGCAGUUGCAGGAAAGAAGAACCAGGCAAGAAGAAAAACGAAUUAGGAAAGCGGCAGAAGAAGAACGGAUUGCUAUUCAAAUGGUCGAGGAUUUCGAACGACGAGAGGCCGAAGAAUUAGGAAGAGAAGCCGAACGUGAUUUUCAACUAGAAGAAGCCAUUCGGCGUCGCCGAGAGGAUAAAAGAGUUGCAAAAAUAGCUUCCAACUUCAUCAAAAUAAGAGAGCAUCUAAAUGUGUUACAUCGUUCACAAAAAUCACGUCUUACAACUCGCUCGCAGGAGGAAUUUCAAAUGUUACAAGAACGAGAAAAUGGGUUCUACAAGCUACAAAAACGUCAUUUAAGCCAAUAUGACCAGUUAGAGAGGGAAUACAAAACAGAAUACUCGAAACAAGAGUUUCAGCUCCAAAAUGAAUACGAUCAACUUCGGAAAGAGGAUAUCCGUGCUGUGAAGGAAAAUACGGAAAAGCUCGAAGCGUUCUGGAAAGACAGACCGUAUGCUGCAUACCAUAUUCGAGCUGCGAAAGAUUCAUACGAGAAAAUUUUUAUUGCAGCAUUCAGAAGCUGGGACCUUGACAGGGAUAUUGCUCUAAAAGAGUGCACUAAGAAUUUCGAGUCAAAGAGGUUAUCUCUGGGGAGGUAUCAAGGUUUGGAGGAUGCCGAAUUCAAGCAGAGAAUGGGAGAUGAGUGGAGAGAGUGGGCAAGAAAUAAGGUCGCCGAAGUCCGAUGGUUUGACGCUGUUAUUGCUGAGAGAGAAAAUAUGUUACAGACUCUAGAGAAUGAGCAGUAUACAAUGGCCACAGCAGAGUCUGAAAGAGGCAGAGCAUUUUAG